AUGAAGACGUGUCGGUCCGAGCCCCGAACGCUGGGAGACCGCACCGGCCAGGCUGACGUGGUCUUACUGCGAACUUCCAGUGAAGCUCUGGCUUCGAUCUUCAACCGAAUCGUCCAGUCGGAGGACGAGCUGUUCGAAGCGGUCGGGGAGCUCCUGCAGGACGUGUCCCGCGACUCCAAAGACGAUGAGGACAUCCGGGACGUCUGUCGCAGGAUGUACGACGCGCUGCACAUGGACGACGAGAAACCCCGGGGCUGCAACCAGGUGCUGCUGGACGCCCCCAUUCAGCUCUCCCAGAUCACGGACGGCUGUGAUGCGGGCGUGGACCUGUUACCAAAGCUGCUGCUGAAGAGAGACCAGACCUCGAUGGUGAAUGCCAAGAAGCUGCAGAAAGCUGAAGCCAGGCUGAAGGCUAAGCAGGACAAGAGGUUGGAGAAGGAUACCCUGAAGUCCAGUAACCCGCUGGUCCUGGAGGAGGCGUCUGCCAGCCAAGCCGCCAGCAAGAAGGAAACACGCAUGGAGUCGUCGGGCAAGAACAAGUCAUAUGAUGUGCGCAUUGAGAACUUCGAUGUGUCCUUCGGUGAGCGGGUGCUGCUAGCAGGCUCAGACCUGAACCUGGCAUUUGGCCGGCGCUAUGGACUGGUGGGCAGGAAUGGGCUGGGCAAGACUACCCUGCUGAAGAUGAUCGCCAGCCGGAGCCUGCGCAUCCCCUCACACAUCCGCAUCCUGCACGUGGAGCAGGAGGUGGCGGGGGAUGACACGCCGGCGCUGCAGAGCGUGCUGGAGUGCGACCUCAUGCGGGAGGGCCUGCUGCGCGAGGAGAAGGAGCUGACGGCUAGGGUCAAUGCCGGCAGGGCAGAGGGAACAGAAGUUGCCAGACUUUCAGAAAUCUAUGCCAAGCUGGAGGAGAUCGAAGCAGACAAGGCGCCAGCAAGGGCAUCUGUCAUUCUUGCUGGGCUGGGCUUCAGUGCGAAGAUGCAGCAGCAGACGACCAAAGAGUUUUCAGGAGGCUGGAGAAUGAGGUUGGCCUUGGCCAGAGCCCUUUUUGCCAGGCCGGAUCUUCUUCUGCUUGAUGAGCCAACUAACAUGCUGGAUGUGAGAGCCAUUCUGUGGCUGGAGAACUACCUGCAGACAUGGCAGUCCACCAUCCUUGUGGUGUCCCACGACAGGAACUUCCUCAACGCCGUGGCCACCGACAUCAUCCACCUGCAUUCACAGCGGCUGAACGCUUACCGGGGCGACUUCGAGAACUUCAUGAAGAUCAAGGAGGAGAGACUGAAGAACCAGCAGCGCGAGUACGAGGCCCAGCAGCAGUACCGCGAGCACAUCCAGGUCUUCAUAGAUCGAUUUCGCUACAAUGCAAACCGGGCGUCUCAAGUGCAGAGCAAACUCAAGCUGCUGGAGAAGCUGCCAGAGCUGAAAGCAGUGGACAAGGAGUCGGAGGUGAUCAUGAAGUUCCCCGAUGGCUUUGAAAAGUUCUCUCCCCCAAUCCUGCAGUUGGACGAAGUGGAUUUCUACUAUGACUCAAAUAACUACAUCUUCCGUGGCCUCUCUGUCUCGGCUGACCUGGAAUCCCGGAUCUGUGUGGUUGGGGAGAACGGAGCUGGGAAGUCAACCAUGCUAAAGAUCCUGAUGGGAGACCUGGCUCCAGUCAGAGGGAUCAGACACGCGCACAGGAACCUGAAGAUUGGCUACUUCAGUCAGCACCAUGUAGACCAGCUGGACUUGAACAUCAGUGCUGUAGAGCUACUGGCAAAGAAGUUCCCAGGGAAGACAGAGGAGGAGUAUCGUCACCAGCUGGGAAGCUACGGUGUCUCAGGGGAGCUGGCCGUCCGCCCCGUUGCUAGCCUGUCUGGAGGUCAGAAGAGCCGUGUAGCAUUUGCCCAGAUGACCAUGCUCUGUCCCAACUUCUAUAUCCUGGAUGAGCCGACAAACCACCUAGACAUGGAGACCAUCGAGGCCCUGGCGAAAGCGCUGAAUAAAUUUCGGGGCGGCGUGAUCCUGGUGUCCCACGACGAGCGCUUCAUCCGCCUGCUGUGCCAAGAGCUGUGGGUGUGCGAGAAGGCGACGGUGACGCGCAUUGAGGGCGGCUUCGACGAGUACAGGGACAUCCUGCAGGAGCAGUUCCGGAAGGAGGGCUUCCUAUAGGGGAGGCACCGGACUGCGGGCGCUGGCUGGCGCGGGCUGUCCUCCCCGCCGCGUGCCUGGUGGAGCAGCAGCGAUGCCCAGCUCCACCCAUGGACUGCCGGCUCCGCCAUCUCCAUUCCUUCCCACUGGAGCUGCAGAGGCACCGGUGGGGUGGGGGUGGGGGCCUGCUUUUGCCUCUCGAGCUGCACCCGGCCUCUGCCACGCAGGGGUGAAAGGACACCUGGGCUGGGGGCGUCACUCACUACGUGUCCCUGGCCUGGCGCUGCCACGUGUCGCACCUUGAGUUGCUGCUGAAAAGAGGGGAAGGAGCCGAGCCCCCCAGUUUGGACUUGGUGGGGGAGACCUCUCGCCCCCUCGGCAGAGGAGCUGCUGCCUCUUCAGCCAUGUUUAUCUGCCAAACACGAGUCAGCCCCUCCUCGGAGCACGCUUCUGUCCUGGCUUGGCCUUGCCCUACUGCUCCCUUCCCGUGCUGGGGCGGCGGAGCCCCCUGCCUCUCCCCCCGUUUCAGGGAAGCGAUGCGGAGAGGGCUCGUGCCCCUUGCCCGAGAGGCGGUACCGCACCCCGCUGCCCCCGCACCGGCCCAG